AUGCUUGUGGAAGGCAUCGAUGAUGAUGGCGAUGAUGGAGAUGAGCCCGGGGAGACACAGGACCCUGGUGAGCUCGAGGUUCUGCUUGGUGCGCUUGGCGAGCUGGAUGAAGCGGGCAACGUCGAUGGCGAGACUGCGGGCGACGAGGUCUUUGACGAGGAAGAGGCCAAGGAAAUCCUGGCGGCGAUGGUCAAGGACCAGGUCCGCGGAGGUCCUCGACGGACCUUUGCCGCCGUGAAUCAGGCGAAGAAGCAGCGGCAGCUGGCACGAGGUUUUGGUACCCGACGAGAUGCCGGAGGAGACCGAUUCCCUCCUUCUCGCGGCAGUGGUCCCCAUACGUACAAGGUGAGCAUUGAAGCCCUGAAGCGGCGAACCCGCUGUGGGAUAUGCAAGGAGAUCGGACACUGGCACCGCGAAUGCCCGAAGAAAGGAGCCACCAAUGCCAAGGAGAACCACUACCUGGCGACGCCUGGCUCGGACGAGGCAUUCUUCGUUGAGUAUUUGGAGUACCUUGAUUAUGUCGAGGCCACGGGUGGAUCCACAUCUAGCAGUUCCACCGGAAAUCCGGCGGCCGACUUGCGUGCUCAGCAGAGGGCAGGAUACAUGGACCGAGUGCAUGAGAUUUGGUACGCUACAGCUCUUGCGGUUCCGGAAGAGCAUUGUGCUACAGUUGAUACGGGGUGUCAGCGUACUGCAGUUGGAAGGGCAACUCUCGAUAAGUACCUAAAGGGGCAGCCAUCCGGGAUAGCGGUUGCCUACAAGAACAUCAUUGACGGUGUGAGUCAGAAUGCGCCAUUCUUAUUGUCAUUGCCGUUCCUGCUGUAUUGUCGAGCAGUAUUGACCCUGGACCCCGAGAAAGGACUCAGCAUGCACCUUGGUAGGUUCGGUCAUCAUGUUCCCCUGCAUAUUGGACCCACCGGAGCCCUUCGAGUUCUGCUGAUGUUGAGGUCAAUCAUGUCUGUGAAGAGCUUGGCCCCAGGGCAAAGUCUUGCAGGACAUCUUGUGAUCAGCGUCCCCUUGGACCUUCUGUGCCCAGCCAUGCAGGCACCAGCUUCCAAGCGGACUCGGCGGGACGAGCCGGCCGAAGGGAGGACUCCCAUCGGGCGGUGGCGCCGGAUGACGCUACGCUUCAUCAUGGCGAUGAACAACGUGAUGGAGCAAGCUUGGAUGUGUGCCGUGGGGAUCCGGAACCCCGGGAACCUCAAUCUACAGGGCGUGUGCCGGAUGACCCGGGCAUUGGACAACGACGAGCUCAUGGAAGUCCAGGACUUCAUCGACCAGGUGAUGAAGUCCCGCGGAUUGGUGAAGGAGAUCGAAGACGACCGGGCUUCCAUGAGGCAGUUCUAUCGCUGUCACAAGUGGAAGACUCCGGCACAGCGCUGCGAGUUUUUCCAAUGGCUGGAACACCAGCCGCUCUGGAAGGAUCCGAAGCCAAAGAAUCCGCAGUGGUUGAUGCCCGAGAUCGGCGAGCCCAUGGAGAACAACCAGUUUCUCCGCCCGGCCAAUGUGGACUCGCGGAUCAAGAACACCUUCUAUGCCGAUCCCAAGGUGUGCGAGCACCGCCAUGUGAUUGGUUCCGGAACAAAUGCCUACCAGAUCCAGAAAAAGUGCGGAACUUGCCUCAAGCUCCUCUUCCAGAAGGACCGCAAGACCGGGAAGAUCAUGUUCCACGACCCCAAGUACACGAUUCCUCGGGAUCUGAUGGAAGGCAACUUGGCACGUGCCGAAAACACACCCGAUUCGAUCUCGGGUUUCACGACACCAGAGAACGUGUCCUCCAGCGACCUGGAGAGCACAGAGACCUCCUCGCCACCGAAGCGGGGAAAGACCAAGCCGAAGUCUCCGAUGAAGCCGGUGACGGAAGCCUGGGAGAUGGAGCCGGACGAGACCGAGUACCAGGAGUUCCUGGCCUGGAAACGCUUUCAGGACAUGAAGAGGAGCAGCACCAGCUCCGGGCGACUUUUUGUGAAUGUGCUCCGGCGCUGGGAAACCGUAUGGUCCGAGCUGAUCCGGUGCUUAGGACCUGCGGCACAGAGCGGCGUCGAGGAUCUGAAGAAAAAGGCGUUGAAUGAUCUGAGCCGUCCCAACAAGAAGCACCUUGCCUACUAUUCGGAACUCCUUCAGCUCAGCCCAGCGUCUCUACGGAAAGUUGCUGCAGUGUAUCGUCCUGAAUCUCAUGUGCGGUCACGAGGACAUGUUCAGAGUCGAGUGGUGAUGCAGGUUGCGAUAGGAAGCGAAUUGCUAGAUGCGUCUGCCAGAGAGUCCAUUCGAAGUUGCCUUCGGCACGAACGACCGGGGAUCGUGAUCAUUACGUGUGCCGGCAGUUUUCCCUCUCAUGGUCACCAAGUAGAUCCAUAUGGUCGGUUUGGCAACAUAGCAGCCUGGAAACGUCACACAAACAACAUCAAGAAGACAAAGCUGUUACGACAGUUUGCGAUCGAACUCUGCCGUCUAUGUAACACAAGGGGUCAGAAGUUCGUGCUCCAAGUGCCAUGGUCGUCAGGCGGUGGUGAUGACCGUCUUUUACGAGAGCUGCUUCGCGAGCCCGGCGUCUUCAAGGAGAACGCUAAAUGGACCGCAGUCUCUCACCGGCCGACUGGUCCGGCGAAUGGCGACCUGGUGACCAACUGCCCAACGGUGGCCAAGAAGGUUACCGAGAACAUCCGUCCAGAGAUGAUCGCGGCCGUUCCUGCCGACAACCUGGUGAUAUCUGUUAAGGACUGCUACGCCCACCUGACCAGCCGGAGACCCGACGAGCUGAAGGUGGUCCGGGAUUACGAGGUGAUCCAGGAGGACCGGGACUUCGACGAGAACUACUUCACCCCGAGCGAGCUCGAGGAGAUCCAGCUGCAGCACGAGAAGGGCAUCCCACGUCACGAGGUUCAUGCGGGAGAAGAUGUUGAACUACCUGAUGCACCGUGCCGAGGAGAUCACCCCGCGAACCACGGAGUCGACGAAGAUCAUCUUCAAGGCGGCGGUUGGCAAAAGAUUGAUGAGGACAGCUGGGCCUACGUCGACAAGCAGGGGGGCCGGCUGUCAACACCCACCGGCAUCGACUUCAAGCCUGAGGACUUUCCUUGGAGAAGCAGCUGGGCUCUGGAAGAAGGACGCUGGACACAGAUCGAAGAUGAAAUCAGGUGGCGAGAUCUACGAGAUCAAGAGCGAGCUCUACCAGGACAGCCUACGGUGGUCACCAUCUUCCGACGGAAGGCCGACACAAAGAACGGGCGGAACAUGCGCCACUUCCCGGGGAUGCAGAAGGUGACGCUUGAAAAGAUGGUGCGGCGGGCGCACGAAGGACUUGGCCAUCCUGAAAGAGAGCCAAGAGAGCGGUUUCUACGCAUACUUCGUCACAGCCGAGCCCCCGAGGAGGUGAUCGAGAUUGCGAAGAACCUACGGUGCUCUACCUGUGAGUCCUACCGACUUCCAGACCCUGCUCGUCGAGGAGCUCCUCCCCGCGAACAGGUGUAUGUGAAUGACCUGGUUGGCAUCGAUACGAUCCAUAUUCGAGACCAUCGUAACCAGGCCAUUCCCGCGGUCAACAUCAUCGAUUGGCACUCCCAUUUCCAGUUGGUGGUGCCGAUGAAGGGUGAAACUGCCGACCAUGCUCGGGCGGCUUAUCGACAAUGGACGCGGUUCUUUGGACCACCGCGCCGCUUGAUGAUCGACCUGGGCUCGGAGUACAAGGCCCAAUUCCGCCGGCAAGCUGAGCGAGACGGUUCGGAGAUAAUUCCAUCAUCUGUUGAGGCACCCUACCAACGAGGGCUCACCGAACGUGCCGGCGGGAUCUUCAAGGACAUCCUCUACAAGGCCAUGCAGGAUUACCGGUGCCAAAACGAGACGGAAUGGAAGGAGCUUGUCGACACCGCUUGCAUGACAAGGCAUCCUUUCUGGAGGGUCCGCGUCGGGGACCUUCCAGCAAAGAAGGCAAUGGAAAUACGAAAGGCUGCGGCUUUUGCAUUUCACGCGGCGGACUGUGAGGUGGCACUACGUUCCGCUACCUUGGCAGGGCCACGGCAGUUCCGCGACUACGAACCCGGCCAAGCAGUUUAUUUCUGGAGAAAGGGUGCCGGCACCAAUAAGAAGACCCGGGAAAGCUACUGGCAUGGACCCGGACGUGUGGUUAUGACGGCCUUACCGGGGGCAAUGUGGAUCGCCUACCAGGACAAUGUCGUGAAGGCCGCCCCGGAACGAGUACGACCUGCCGCCGAGGAAGAAUCACUAUCCUUGUCUGGAUGGCUAAGUGGCCUGUCCGACCUGAGGGAGAAGUUCGAGAAGAUGCCAGCCAAGGGUUUCGUGGACCUCACCAAGGACCAGGACCCCAUCGAGGACGACGAAAACGAGGCAGGAGAUCUUGAGCCUCCUGAUGAAGCGAACGAGUGGCCACCUCCAGCAAGACGAGUCCGGCAAAAGACGAGCGACUACUCCAACUUCGGUCAAGUACCACGGGCCGGCGAUCAAGAAGAAUUCCAAGGCGAUCCAGGUGCUCUACCUGGACCUACGGAAGGGCGACUACUACCUGAACCUCCUCCGGGACUACCUGCACCGAUGGAGACCACGGAGGACGAGAUCGUCGAUGAAGGGAUCGCCGAGGACACCGGAUUAAGAGACAACGGCUUUGAUGAUGAAACUUCCCCGGCCCGCGACGAGCUGGAGAACAAGCGUGAACUGGACGGAGGCGAGCAACCGGCCGGAAAACGAUCUCGAGUCGAACUCCUUGAGAUCUACAAUGCACAAGUGCAGGCGCUGGUGACGCAGCGGCAGCGCAAGGAGGCCACCGCGAAGGAUUUCCUUGGAAGGGACGCUGCUCGACUACAGCAAGCGAUCGCCAAGGAGAUCACCAACAACCUCAAGACGGGCGCCUACAAGUUGCUGUCUGUGGAGGAGUCCGACAAGAUCCGAAGGUUUAAGGACGACAAGAUCAUGGAGUCAAGGUACGUCAUCACUAAGAAGCCCCUGGAGCCUGCGGACGUGCCGAAGGCCCGCAGCGAGGGUCUUCUGCUAGAUGACACGUCCCAUGGGCCAUGCAAGGCAAAGUGCCGACAUGUCAUGAAGGGUUUCUCGGAGGCUGCGGCGGUCGAGGUCGAAUGCACUACACCACAAGUCGGCCGAGGCUCUGUGGUUUUCAUUGUCCAAGUGCUAGCUUCGAUGCAAUGGAUGCCAGGUUUCUUGGACUUUACCCAGGCCUUUCAUUCCGGAGACCAGAUCGACCGCGAGUUGUACUGCUACCAACCCCGCGAAGGAGUCCCUGGAGCAGACCCUCGGCAGCUUAUCAAGCUGCUCAAGACCUGUUACGGUCUGACUGAUGGGCCGCUGGCAUGGUACAAGCACCUGGCACGUCGACUGCAAGACGACUUCGGCUACAAGGCGAGCAAGGCUGACCCUUGCGUGUUUCUACUACAUGGCGAAGAUCACAACGAAGGCCAGCUACAGGGCAUUCCACCACGGGCUGUUCGACAGUUCCUAACCUUCGAUUAG